UUUGAUUAGAUAUUAAUUGAAAAUUUUCUUAAGUAUUAUUGUAGAAAAAAAAUAUUAAAAUAUAGUAGAAAAAGCAAAUAGAUGCGUUAAUCAGGAUACUAGCAAUAAUUUUAAAUUUAAUAGCAGAGAUAGACAUAGUUUUUGCCUUCUAGCAGCUAGCGAGUAUAAACACUGCCUAGUGAUUUAAAUAGUUAAUUAGUUAACACUCCUUCAUCUUUUAAUAGGAAAUCUAUGUACUAAUCGCCAUCUUCUACUCAAAUAUAACCAAGAAUGGCUGCUUCUCCUCUUAAUCAAAGAUUUAGUUCACCCAUGCCAACAAAAAUAGCUUAAGGAUACACAAGCCCACUUUCAAAUUCAAACGUUAGUUUAGUAAAUGGCCAAUUAACUGCUAGUGUAAACUAACCAAAUGGAUAUCUGAAUACUAUUUUGAAUUCACCUUCAACACCCUAAGCAAGCAACUAAUUUACUGCUACUUUACCAAGUUAAAAUUAGUAAUUCAGUAAAACUUUGUCAGGAGGAUUUGGUACAAAUUCAUUAACAUCAUCAUAGAAUAUGGGAUUAGCAAAUAGUUUAAAUAGUAAUGGGACUGAGUCAGUUUUUUAGCAGACAAGCUUGAUUAAAGAUUUGGAUUAGCAAGUAAAAAAAUUAAAAGAUGAAUUAGAAACAAGCAGAGCAAUACAGCUUAACACUUAAAAGCAUAAUGAUGAGCUUAUAAAAAAAAUAAAAGUAUUAAUUAAUGAAAAUGAAAAAAUGCAGCUUAAAGAGUAAGAAAAAGAAGAGUAGAAUAUUAAGGAUUUAAAGAUUCCUCCUAACAUAUAAGUCCUUCUUCUGGAAAACAAAAAAUUUUAAGGAAUUAUUAGGGAUUUAGAAUCAAAAGCAAAGCUCUUAAUAUUAGAAAAUGAGAAGCAAACUUUUCUUUUGAAGUAAAACUCUAUUUUGUAGCAAAAAAGUAAAGCACAAGGAGAAAAUGUACCAACUGAAAAUGCUUUAAACGUUUAACUAAAUACAUUAACUCUUUAAGAUUACAAAGAGAGGUGCACAUAGUUAGAAAAAAAACUGGAAAUAUAAAUGAUGGAACAAAAAAAUAUUUAAAAUUUAGCUAGUACAUGGGAGUAAAAGCUAGAUUUACUAUUGUAAGAAAACGAAAAGUUAUAGAAAUUAGUAAAAGAAAAAAUUUAAUAGCAUGAAAACUUAAGUAGAGAAAACACUUCGUUACUCUAGAGAAUUAAAGAGUUAAAAAAUGAAAAUGAAAAGAUACAAUAAGUGAUGUCUGAAAGUGGUCUGUCUGAUAUGUAAGUAAUGGAAAUGGAAACUAAAUUUUAGACCAUUUUAGAAGAAAAUAACAGAAUAAAUGAGUUAUUAACAGAAAGAAAUACAGAGGCUGAUAAAUAGCAGUAAAAAAUUAUAUAGUUAGAAGAUCAAUUAAUCUAGUUAAGUCAUAGAAAUCCAAUUUAAGCUAAUAACAUUAAUGAAGAAAAGGCAAGUAUUUAAGAGUUUGAGCUCAGGAAUUAAUUAUAAGAAAUGUCUGAGAAAUUAAGAGAAUUGUAAGAAUCUAAUCAGAAAUUGAAUGCAGAAAAAUAAAUACUAUUAGAAGAAAAUUAGGUAAUCAGCUAAUUGAUUAGCUAGAAUUAAGCUUACUAAUAAGAAAUUUAGUAAAAGUAGGAAAUAAUUAGCUAGCUAAAUGAAAAUUAAAUAUCAAAAAGUGAAUCAUAAAAUUUAUUAAAUCAUUUUCAUAAUCCUUAGGAAAUCAAUUUAAUUAAAGAAGAGUAUUCACAAUCAAUCCUAAGAUUUGAAUAAUAUGUGCAAGAAAUUGAAAUUGAAAAACAAGAAUUAAUUUUAGUUCAAAAUGAAAAAAUUGAAGAAUUCUAAAAGAAUCUUAAUGAAUUAAUAGUAAAAUUAGAAAACAGUGAGAGCAAAGUGAAGCAAUUAUAAGAACAACUUGUUGAGAAACAAAGCUUACUUUAAUAAAAAACUUAAGAAAUAAAUACAAUGAAAAUAAAAGUUAGUGUGAGUGCAGAAUAAAUGGAAAGAUGUAAAAUAGAAAUAGAUGAUUUUAAUAAAUAGCUUCUAGAAAAAUAAAUUGAAGUGACUUAAAAGUAGUCAUAAAUUGAUUAGUUAGAAAAUCAAGUGAACUAUCUUAUAAAAGAAAAAGAUAAUUUAAAAAGUGAAGCCAGCAAGUUGAAUACCCUCUUAUAAGCAAGGAAAGAUCAAUUUGACAUAGCUAAUAAAAAUUUAUAGGAGACAAGAAAUGAACUGUCAAAGUCUCUAACCAAUAACUAUCAAUUAUAAUAAGAAAAUACUAACUUGUCUUUAAAUAACUAAAAGCUUGUUGAAAAUAUAAAUAAACUUGAAGAAUAGUUGAAAGUUAUUGAUAAUUAGCAUUUAAGCUAGCUAAAGAAUUCAGAUUGCAGUUUGUUUUAGUAAAAACAGAGUAUCGUGAUAGAAACUUCAUCAAAGCAAAACUAAAUAAUUCUAAGAUUGUUAGAGCUAGAAAAGAAUUUACAAUAAAAAAUAUUUGCAAAUACUAAUGGUAAUGGAGAAUGCAUGUAAAAGGGUUAGUCAUUAAGUUAAUAAAUAAUAAAAGAAGAAAGAUAAGAAUCUUAAAAUUCUAUUUGA